CAAGCCUGUUUUAAAGUCUCUGCCAGACUUCAGCUCAUGCGCUACUUCCUGGAUGGCGGAAUGGAAAGCUUCCAGAGCCGCUCCAACUCUUGUCUCUAUGUUUUCAGCCUGAUGCAUGGACUACUGCUCCUCUAACAUCUCUCUCUUAAUCCACUGUCCCCUUGACAUGUUUUUCUUCUGGACUACAAGCUCAGCAAUCUGAAAGAGAGAGAAAGAGAAAAGAAAAAAGAAGAAAAAAAAACUGUUUCCUUUGGCUCGGUCGAACUUCAAAAGAAAAGAAAAAAAAAUCUCUCCAAAGGACUUCUUAAAGGAGGCGGCCGAAAUACAUUAAAGCGCGUCCAGUGCGUUUGCAUUGCUUGUUUGUGGGAGUUUUUUUGUUCACCAGGAGGAUAACUCUGUCAACAGUUGCCUUAUUCCAGAUCUCCAUGUAUACAGUGUGACAUGCGGAGGCUACUGCGACCGCGCUGCUGCUGCUGGUGGAUUCCGCCUCUGCUUUUCUCCUCGCUCGUGCUCCGCUGGGCACACUGUCAUCCCGCAUUGGCUGAUGGGAACAAAGCGGAGCAUCAUGACCGGCCAAUCGGUGACAGGCACCGCAGGGCGGCUGAAGAGUCCUACUGGGCCUACUCAGGGACGUACGGACCAGAUACAGGUUGGGCGGCAGCUUUUCCUGAGUGUCAGGAGAGAAACCAAUCACCAAUCAAUAUAGCCGACCAAGACACGAAGGUCUCGAUGGAGUACCAGGAACUCACGCUGGACGGGUUUGAUGCAGAGUCAUCCAACAAGACAUCAAUGAAGAAUACAGGCAAAACCGUGGCGAUUUUUCUUAAGGACGAAUAUUUUGUGAGAGGAGCCGGGCUACCAGGCCGCUUCAAAGCCGAGAAGGUGGAGUUCCACUGGGGCCAGAGCAAUGGUUCCGACGGCUCCGAGCACAGCAUCAAUGGCAGGAGAUUCCCUGUGGAGAUGCAGAUCUUCAUGUAUAACUCAGACGACUUUGACAGUCUUAACACAGCCAUACGGGAGAAGCGAGUAAUCGCGGCCAUGGCUGUCUUCUUUCAGGUGGGGAUGAAGGACAAUCCUGCAGUAGAUCCAAUUAUUCAUGGACUAAGAGGAGUGGUCCAUCACGAAAAAGAGACAUUUCUAGAGCCCUUCAUACUCAGAGACUUGUUGCCGUCCUCCCUCGGAAGCUACUACCGUUACAUCGGAUCUUUGACCACGCCGCCCUGCAGUAAAGUGGUGGAGUGGAUCGUCUUCAGUCGGCCCGUGUUCCUCUCCUACAAACAGCUGGAAGCGUUCUACUCCAUCUUCACCACAGAACAGCAGGAUCAUGUUAAAUCCGUGGAAUACCUUCGUAACAACUUCCGCCCACUCCAGAGUCUGGACAACCGAGAGGUCUUCAAAUCCGCUGUCAAAGACGCUUGGCUGCCUGACUUGACUGACAGCCUGGGGAACCCGUAUGGUACUGAGGCUUCUAAAGCAUGCAGCAGUGCUCCGAUCAACAUGAACGUCCAGCACAUGAACAAGACGGCGCUUUUCGUUCGGUGGUCCCGUCCGGAGAUCACCUACGAUCCACCUAUCAUCAGCUACCACAUUUCCUACAGCUGGACCAGAAACGAUGAGUCAUAUGAAGAGACGUACGUCAAAGGGAGUGAUCAGAAACUGGAGGCCGUCAUCACACCGGUGUCACCGGAUGUGCUGUACCUGUUCCGCGUCCAGGCGGUGUGUUUGAAUGACAAGCGCAGUGACUUCAGCCAGACCAUGCUCUUCAGAGCAAACACCACCAGGAUAUUUGAGGGCACAAGAAUAGUCAAAACUGGGAUGCCAACUGUGUCCCCAGCAUCUUCGGCAGACAUGGCACCCAUCAGCUCCGGCUCCUCCACUUGGACUUCCUCUGGUCUUCCGUUCUCCUUCGUUUCAAUGGCCACCGGCAUCGGCCCCUCUUCCAGCGGCAGCCAAGCGACGGUGGCGUCUGUGGUGACCAGUACCCUUCUGGCAGGGUUGGGUUUCAGUGGUGGGGUCAUCUCCUCCUUCCCCAGCUCCGUCUGGCCCACCAGGCCUCCGCCCUCCAGCCGCCAGACCCCAGCCAAACCCAUGGUGACCACCACAGAAGCAACCUCCUCACCGGCCGCCGACGCAGAUGCCACCGCAGCCGCAGAGAACGACGGAUCUGAUGACGGAGGAGAUAAGGGAGGGAAGGGUGAGGAUGAGGAUGCAGAAAAGAACGGAGAAGAAGAAGAGGAAGAGGAUGAGGAGAAAAGGGCAGACAGUAAAGACACCAGAGUUCCAGACGAUGUUGAAAAACAGACAAACGGCUCCGUGACAAAAGACCCUCCCACAGCAGCGCCGGAUUCAACAGCGAAAGAGAAAGGAGAAAACAGGAGGCAAGAAAACUCCACAGCGCCAUCUAGUGUCCCGGAGGAUCAUCUGGAGAAAAACACACACACAUUAAGGGAAGAGGACACACAGGUGCUGCCAACCAGAGAUCCAGUGGGUGAUGAUAAUGUGACAGCAGUAAAAGAGACCCCAGACAACACGGCUUAUACCAGCAAACCCAGCAGAGAAGACCGCAAACACGUGCCUCCUUUCUCUAUACUUACAGAGCGUUGUGUGUUUUUGUGUGUGUGUGUUUUUGUUUGUUUUUCAGGGAUUGAGUGGAUUAUUCCUCUGGUGGUGGUGUCGGCGCUCACCUUCCUCUGCCUCAUUCUGCUGCUGGCCGUCCUCGUUUACUGGAGGAGGUGUUUCCAAACGGCUCAUUUCUACGUCGAAGACAGUAACUCGCCCAGAGUUGUGCCCAAUGAGAGCAUCCCGGUCAUUCCAAUCCCAGAUGAUAUGGAGGCCAUCCCUGUUAAACAGUUUAUCAAGCAUGUAUCAGAACUCUACUCCAACAACCAACACGGCUUCUCAGAAGAGUUUGAGGAAGUGCAGCGCUGCACAGCAGAUAUGAAGAUCACAUCAGAACACUCCAAUCACCCUGACAACAAACACAAAAACAGAUACAUCAACAUCAUAGCCUAUGACCACAGUCGAGUGAAGCUCAGGCCUCUGGCAGGAAAAGACUCCAAACACAGUGACUACAUCAAUGCCAACUAUGUGGAUGGCUACAAUAAACCCAAGGCCUACAUCGCAGCUCAGGGUCCUCUCAAGUCCACAUUCGAGGACUUCUGGCGGAUGGUAUGGGAACAAAACACCGCCAUUAUAGUCAUGAUCACUAACCUGGUGGAGAAAGGCAGAAGAAAAUGUGACCAGUACUGGCCGACAGAGAACAGCGAGGAAUAUGGUAAUAUUGUGGUGACUCUGAAGAGGACCAAAGUAAUGGCGUGCUACACACUCCGCAUCUUCACUAUCAGAAACACCAAAGUAAAGAAGGGUCAGAAGGGUAACACUAAGGGGCGUCAGAGUGAAAGAACAGUUCUGCAGUAUCAUUACACUCAGUGGCCAGAUAUGGGUGUCCCUGAAUACACAUUACCUGUGCUCACCUUUGUCAGGAAGUCCUCUGCUGCACAGACUCCAGAGAUGGGCCCCAUGCUUGUACACUGCAGUGCUGGCGUGGGCAGGACAGGAACUUAUAUUGUGAUUGACAGCAUGCUACAGCAGCUGAAAGAUAAAGGCUCAGUCAAUGUGCUGGGUUUCCUCAAACAUAUACGAACUCAGAGAAACUACCUGGUCCAAACGGAGGAGCAGUAUAUCUUCAUUCACGAUGCCUUGAUGGAAGCCAUUCUUGGGAAGGAAACAGAGGUGCCCUCUAGUCAGCUGCACAGUUAUGUCAACAACAUCCUGACGCCGGGGCCAGGGGGUAAAACACGACUGGAGAAGCAGUUCAAGUUGGUGACUCAGUGCAAUGCAAGAUUUAUGGAGUGCUUCAGUGCUCAAAAAGAAUGCAACAAGGAGAAGAACCGCAACUCUUCUGUUGUCCCAUCGGAAAGAGCACGUGUUGGUCUUGCACCAUUGCCUGGGAUGAAAGGCACUGAUUACAUCAAUGCAUCUUAUAUAAUGGGCUACUACCGGAGCAAUGAGUUCAUCAUUACCCAGCAUCCCUUGCCUCACACCACUAAAGAUUUCUGGAGGAUGAUCUGGGACCACAAUGCUCAAAUCAUCGUCAUGUUACCAGACAACCAGGGCCUGGCGGAGGAUGAGUUUGUGUAUUGGCCGAGUCGAGAGGAAGCCAUGAACUGUGAGGCGUUUACAGUCACUCUUAUCAGUAAAGACAGACUCUGCCUCUCCAGUGAGGAGCAAAUCAUCAUUCAUGACUUCAUCCUGGAGGCCACACAGGAUGAUUACGUUUUAGAAGUUCGUCAUUUUCAGUGCCCAAAAUGGCCAAACCCUGACGCUCCCAUUAGCAGCACCUUUGAGCUCAUCAACGUCAUCAAAGAAGAGGCCAUGACCAGAGAUGGACCCACUAUAGUGCAUGACGAAUUUGGCGCAGUGUCUGCUGGGAUGUUGUGUGCUCUCACCACACUGUCACAGCAGCUGGAGAGUGAAGGAGCUGUGGGGGUCUACCAGGUGGCCAAGAUGAUCAACCUCAUGAGACCAGGAGUCUUUACCGACAUUGAACAGUACCAGUACCUUUACAAAGCUAUGCUCAGCCUGAUAAGCACUAAAGAGAACGGAUCCAGCCCCAUGUCCCUGGACAGAAACGGCAGCGUGGCCAUGUCUGACGAAUCGGACCCGGCCGAAAGCAUGGAGUCGCUCGUCUAAAGCCCCCCGAACAGGCGCGAAGAGGCACUUACUCGAACUUUGUAGAACUUCAAGGACUAAGACAGACUUUUUCUGAGGCCUUUUUUGCCAGAACUCUUGGUUAAAAGAAUAACCUGAUUACUUUUUUACACUGAUAAAAAGUUUUUGAUAUUUAUUUUUUUCGCCAUUUUAUGUCUUAAUGUUAUCCUACUGAACAUUUGCACCGACGUUUUUAAGUUCACAACAAACAAACCGAAAUGAAACACAGUUCUGUCUAGUUUGCACUAAGAAAAUAUCAGUGUUACUGCCUACUCCACCAUCUCCACCACGAUCAGUCUCUCUCACCCACUUGAACUCUCACUGUCAAGCCCUUAUUCUGACAUUCCAUAAUAAAGCUGCUUUCCCAAGUUUUAGAAAUAGCCUCCACAAGCGAAAAACAGGUUCCACGCACUCCUCAGAUGCUGGAAAAUGAGAUUAUUCCCCUGUCCAACUUGCAAAGACCCAACACAAAAUCAGUCAGAUUCACCGAUGAAAGACCGUAUGAGCAAUAUGGAUUAUGUUCGUUUAGUUUUGAUUCGCACCCUGAAUUGUAUAUCUACUCAUUUUGCUUCUAGUUAAACCCAUAUUUACUUUCUAAAGGUGGUAUUAAUACUGCUACUGUGAACUUUUGUAUGAUUCAUAUUCUGCUUUUAAUAUAUAUAUAUAUAUAUAUAUAUAUAUAUAUAUAUAUAUAUAUAUAUAUAUAUGAAUAUAUCGUAUAUAUCAUAAUAACUUGUGCUUUUGUAAAUGUUAACUGUCUCUACGAGCAGCCGUCACAGUAGAAGGAUCCGCAGAGCCCUUGACUUCUCUAGCACCCCCUGCUGGUUUGAUUUCUCCAUUGCUUUAUGCUGCAAGCUGCUACUUUUGUCACUUGAGAGUGCAACUCAACAUGUAAUGAUACCAUGCGACUCAUAAUGUAGGAGUUAAUUCUGUUCUCUUUUUUAUACUGCUCUACUUCGUCCUGGGUUCACUGACAUAAGCCGUCCCAUAACUUUGAGAAUAAUGUAUCCAAGUCUCUCGAUGCCUUCUGUACAGUCUCAUUUCACCUCGGCAGGUGUGUGUAUGUGUGUGUGAUAUAGGUGCGUGUUGUGUUUGGUAUUGACUGGUUUUACUAGAAGCUUGUAGACUCAGUCCGAGCAUUUCUUCACUAAACUGACCUCUUUUAGUGUCUCUCAUUUCUUGUCAUUGCUUCUCAGAUACUGCUAGGAAAACAGUUAUUGUAAUAUCAUAAGCGGUUGUUUCAUGCCAUACAGCACAAAGGCCUUGCUAACAAAACAUUAGAAUCAGUCUUAUCGCUUCGAAAACUGGGGACCCACAAUUCAUUAAUUUUUACCAAAGACUACAACUGUCAUUCACUUCAGUCAUGAAACGUGAGAAAGUUUUUAUUUUUGUGAUUGGAUGUUUUGGGGAGUGACUGGGAAAACAAUGCUGAAAAUGUCCACAGGCAAAAUUAUGUUUUCGUUUUGUUGUAUGUUUUGCUUUGCAUUUUCGUUUUGUUUUUUGUUGCUUUCUUAGUAUCUUUGUUUGCUUUGUUUCGUUUUGUUUUUGUCUGAGUUGCUUCGCGGAGCAUUUGUUUAUCUGACAGGUCACCUUUAUUUUUGUUUCUUUUCUUUUCAUGUUGCAAUGAGAAUGUACACUAUUACAGAUUUCUUUUGAUGUGAAGAAGAAAGCUGUUGAAUUUUUGUUGGACUUUUGAAAUGCUUUCGAAAGAUUGACAACGUUAUGCUGUUGAGAUGGAGAAGACACACAUCGAAGGUGUUUGCUCAGUUCAUGUCUUGUUUCUCCUAAGAAGGAGGCUGGAAAAUGAAGUCGCAUCUCUCCAACAUUUGGGGUAAUAUUCUGACUUUGCUUGUGCAUCACAUAAAAAAAUUGGAGCUGCAAGUUGCAUCAAUCUUUUCUAACGUUUUUGUCCUGUGGUAUCUCUUUUUCCUUUUCUUGCAUUAUUUGUGGGUUGCAUUUGUAAGCAUAUUUGCAUUAUCAUGUUAAGAAAUGUACAUAAUCUAUUUCUUGCUUCAUUAACUCAUCAGUCUCUAAAAGCUUUGUAUCCUGGCAUAUAAUUGCAAACUCUAUAUUUUCAUAUGAAUCAAUUUUGUUUGUUUGUCCUUAGUUUUGUGUGUAGUUCUCAUUGAUGGUUAACACAAAAUGUCCCCAAAUCCUUCAGAAGGUGGCUGACAUCAAGUUCCAAACACACAACAAUCAUAAACUAAGGCAGUGAUUGUGGUAUUUCUUUUUUCUUUCCCCCCUUUGAAUCGAAAUAAAAUCUGUUUCAUUGUCCAGAAGUGCAAUAGAAUAGAUCUUGUAAGUCAAAGAAGAAGUUCUCCCAUACAAAGCAGGUGGGUGUCACCAUCAUAUCCACUUUUUCUAAUCUGGAAUAACACACGAAGGGUUUUUUUUUUUUUUUUUUUUUUUUUUUUGAAGGGGUUUUCUUUCUUUCUUUCUUUUUUCUUUUUGUUGAAAGCUAUAUCAAAGCAUUCUAUUAUAGUGUUAUUUAAUAUGUAAAUUGUAUUGCUAUACAUAAAAUAAAAUAUGAGUUUUGAUGUACUUUAAA